CGAUGCGCUGUGACAAGCACUUCACUCAUCAGCACCCUCGAUUUGCCUAACCGGCUCCUUCCUUCUCUUCCUUCGCUCUUUCCUUCCUUGCUCACAGCCGUACCUUCCUUCUCUGCUGUUGACAUUUUGGAAGUUUUCCAAACCUCCGCUCAGUUGUCAACUCUCCCUCUUCAUCAUCAACUCACACCACUAUCGCCGACCCAAUCCCGUUCCCAAAAUGGAGGACUACGAGCGGAGAAAUGCACUCGCGUGGAGCAUGCAGCCCCCUGCGCAGCAAAUCGAAGUUGACGAUGGCGACUGGAAACCUGUCAAAACCAGCAGCAGAAAGCAAGAAAAAGCGAGACAGAGAGAGUCUAUUUCGCCCCGAAAGCCGGUCGUGCAACACAACACUCAUCGUCCCCAACCUGCCCACCCUGCCCUCCUUGACCUACCUGCCCAUCCUGCCCAAUCUCCUCGCCAACGUCAUCCACCCCGGCUGGCGUCGGACAGCGAUGAUGAAGCACAACAGAAGUGGCGCAAUCGAGAGCGUCCUCAAGACUAUGUGAACUUGCCGACAGAUCUUGUACUUCAGGACAAAACAUACCAGUCAAUCGCUCGUCAACAUGCCACCUUUGUCUUCGCUGAGUCCGACCGAAACAACACACCCAAUACUGUUUUCGGCAUCUGGGGAAAUAUGCCAGACGUGAAGGCUGCGAAGCAAGCCCUCCUCGCCUGGGCUAAAGACUACUACCAAUACAUCUCGGGCAACUCGCGGCUCAGGGCCAAAUUCCCCAAAAUCUCGUCUCCAACGCCAGAUCAGCGCAAAGCACUGGAGAAUAAGUGGAAGAAAGAGCUGCAACUGCAAAACUAUCGCCGUUACCCGGAUCCUAACGUCACUUUCGGUGCAAUCGGCUCUUUCCACUGGCCCAUCGAAGAAUGUCGCCCUGAGGAGGUGCUGGGAUCCAGCCAUGAAGCCCUCGACCCUCUCCGCAUGGACGGCCGCUGUCAUAUCAUCUUUGUCAAGGAGAAGAACGUGUUCCAAGUCAUGGGAUCGAUUGAGAAUGUGAAGCAAGGCCUCCUCCGUCUCCGCAGGACCUGCUUCCAGAUUGCUGCACGACAGAUUGCACCCGUGCGCCGAUACCUGCUGCAUUGGCCCCACGCCCUCGCGCUGCCAUCUCGCCUGCCAUCUCACGUGUCCCUGGAGUCAUAUCAGCGCCCACCCGUUGACGACAUUGACGACGGGUUUCCGAGAGCUAGCCAACGGCCUCGCGCACAGGGCUCGUCUGAGUCUGAGGACGCCAGCCGCCUCGCCAGACAGACUGCGAUUAAUGAAGAGCGAGUGCACACUUCACUUUUGGACACCCUCAAGCAGCUCCACUACUAUCGCGGCAACAUACAAAUGCGGAUCCGCCUAGGUGCUUUUCUGGCCUUGAAGUAUCUAAAGUACAAGAAUCCAAGCAUUGGAGUGUACGAGCUCGAUGAGUACGAGAGAAUGAUCCAAAUGUCGCAAUUUGAAGCUGCAGUCACUCAGGAGUGAGACGCGAGACCCCCUUCUUAUUGAAGCUCGACUAACGACUUUACAGAAUAGGGGAUACCGCCAUCGAGCAUGCCGUCCUCCACUUCCUUCGUACAUCAACCGACCUGCUCCAGCCUGAGGACAAUCAAGU